GAUCUAAGGCGGGAGAGUCGUGAGGGUUUGCGGGGUGCAUGAGUAGAGGGUACGUAGCGCAGCGAGUGUGCCUAGAACCUGGGUCUCUAGAAAGCUCACCUCGUGAAGUCGCCUCGGUUCCCACCUCGCACCAUCUAAGUUGCUCUGACGCGUUAUUGCCGAGUGACUUUACGGACGUCCAUGCCAAGGAUACCAAGCAGCGGAGUCGAAGAUCUAGCACAGCACAAUGUCGCAUACUCGGUCUUCCCAAUCUUCAUCACGAAAACCCUUGGCUACAAGACAGCGUGAACAUUAAUUCCAUGGUUAUGGCCCGGGUCACACUGCUACCAGUCAGCACACCGUCCAAUUCAUCGCACGCUAUGCUGUUGACGCGCCGGGAAGUAGCAGCACAGCAUCGGUGAGCGCAUCCAUGUUAUCAUUCCGGCCGUGUGCUCUGUUGACCCUAUCCUGAGGCAAGGCAAAACUGAUUAUCCAAAGCCAGGUAGUAGAAGACUGCACCUGGCCCCGCGGUGUCUGACGGCGUAUUUCAAGCGCGAGCAGCAGCACCAGCCCUUCGAAGGUAAAGUGCCAUGGGUGUAUGUACUUAGACGUUCAGCUAGCAUUCUUAUGCUCGCUGCAGC